AUGAUCAUUGUGUAUAUAGACAUUAUUCUUUUGGUUAUCCUGAUAGCAAUAUUACUAAAACCCACAAAAGUAUUAUUUUCACAUAAGAAAGAAGGAGAGCCUGAUCAGUUAAGAACCGUGGUGGCGUAUCAGAAUCCACUAACAGGUGACUACUGUGUUCACAAAAGCAGAUCCCCUACUGGCUACAUGAAUAACGCUGACGUACCAGACUCUCCGGAUAGCGGUGUCUCUGAUGAAUACGAACCGUUGAACCUCGUUCCUAUAGCCCAAGAUACCAGUCCACCGGGAAUACAUCUAAUCUCAGAUCGCUCUAAAUCGCCAUUGACUCCAGUGUACGACAACAGUGUUAUUAAAACUUGGAAUUGGGAAUAUACUGAAUAUCAGAUUUAG